AUGGGCAUUUUGUGGAAUGUUUGGCCGUGGCCUUGGGCGUCUCCUGUCCUUAUGCAGCAGGUUCGACAGCGAAACUACUGGGAGGACAACUACCGGAGAGUGAAACGCGAUCUGCAAGUCCAGGAGAACUUUUCAGCCUCUCUUUAUGAACAAAACCGUACCCUCAGACAACAAGUUGCAAACCUGCAGAACGAAAACAUGGCUGCUGCAGAAAAGUCCAGACGUCAAGAGCAAUUGCUGCUCGAGGCUCGUAAUGAGGCUUCACGGAAAGACAAGGAGCACCGUCAAAACUUGAAUACGCUGUAUGCCCGGCUGCAUACGCUGCAAUCAGGCCCGACCAGUCUCACAGACGAUGAUGUCCAGGAGCGAAUGCGGCGUCUCGUCUUUGAGCUGGACUCCUGGAUCAAGUCAAACUUCAGAAAUAGUGACUGGCCGGCAUAUAUUACAGAGAGGAUGGAGUUUCCUCGUACCUACCCGCAGCGCCGUGCCUGGAUCCAUGCCCAUAUCGUCCAAAUCGUAGACCGUCUGAUUUUCUCCCCGUCUCACUGCGGGAUGAGUGAGGACCCAUUCGGCGGGUGGAUUGCGGAGAUCGAAAAUAGCGUUAAGCAGACAAGCACAGAGACGGCAUUUCAGAACUGGAAAAUGGCAACAGGAACCGCUAUCGAGAAGCUGACAACGGAGCAACAGAAUGGGACUCUGGCAUUCAUCAUUGACCAUAUCGAGGAGUUAUUCCGCGCAUUAGCGCCAACAGUAUCUACGUCUCGGAAACAACAGUUGCGAAUGUUCCUGGAGGACUGCCUCUCCUUGAAGAACGCCCUUGCGCGGCAGCCGGAUAGCUUUACCUUCUUUCGCAGUCCCCCUGGGGCAGAUUUCUCCGCUGAGUCUAUGACGAGCUUCGGGGGAGAUGGGAACGAUGGAGGCACUGUGAUGCUUUCCCUCUGGCCGGCUCUUGUCAAGUAUGAUGGCGCCACCUGUGUGGUCAUAGACCGGGAACUGGUGUGGACCACAGAUUAG